GGCUUAUUUCCUCAUAUGUUUUGUGUCUUUUGAUUGUGCAUUAAUAUUUGUUGUAAAUUUAUCUCCUGUAAUUCUUUGAAAUCUGUGUUUUAAGUUGGGUUCCUUCAGAAUGGACUUAUAUUUGCUUCUUCCAGGUACCUAGGGGUACCUGGGGACACACAGGUAGCAUGAAUUUGUGCCUUAAAACUGUAAGAGGACCUGCUUGUUGUUGGAAAUUUUCAGUAAAACUACCUAACCACCUGCUUCCAGCCAGAGCCAAGGCUGAUAGCAUUAACUUAGCGCUUGGACUGUGCCGGCGGUGGCAACUGACACGUCAAUGAUAUGAAAGGACUGUUUACUCUCAUCACAUUGUCAAAAGAUGUGGUGCUAUUAAAGAAAUGAUCACCUGAGAGUGUGAACGUGCAACAUUGUACCUCUAGCUUCUUGAGGGUAUGGUCUUCUGAACCUUAGGAGUUUGCUUCCAGGGCUGCUUAGCCCCUUUCUGCAAAGCAGGAAAGUUCCAGCUCAGACUCUGGAAUAAUUCAGAUCCUCUGUAAGUGGUAGACAAAGGACCCUAAGUCCACACAUCACCAGCCCAACAUCGGAUCAGACUCUAACUACCGAUAGCGUCUGACCAUUUACCCCAGUACUUCCAGGAGAUCGCGUCCUCAUUUACAGCUCGCCUUCUUCUUUGAAGGUGGGAAACUUCAUUGCUGCUUUUCUCCCUGUGCUUCACUGCCUCACCCCCUGCACACUGGGUACUCCCCCAUCCCCAUCGCAUCCAGCCGAGUGAAUGGUUUGCGCCUCUGAACAUCACUGUUCAGUGACUAGUAUCCCUAGACCUCCUCUUUCUUUUGGAGCUUUUCCAACCGCCUGGGAUUUGGACACCCACCUGCCUCACUGACCGCAGCCUGGCAGAGCUAAGGUUCAUCACCUCCAAGGACUGUGCUUGUCUGCACUGGAUCCGACCACUAUCUAUCCUGACAUCUUUACAGCGUUCCCCAAAUGAGAGAUCUGGCAGCGGGGGCUCUGCAGAGAAGCCCUCCUAAGAACACAGGCUUCCGCACCGUCACCAUGUGGGCAAAAGCCAGCUCCCUAGUCCAGUGGUGGCAGAGGUCCCGAGAUGUGUGGGGCAUGGGGACAAGGAUGGCCCAUCAGAAGGUGACCUUCUCAUGCAGCAGCAAAGGCCAACUUGAAGCUCUCUCAGCCUAUAAACCAGUCUACAAAAAUAAUUAAAUAAGCCUUCAGAGCAGCAGCCAUUAGCUCUCGAGAGUCAAACAGGCAUCCAACACCCAACAUCCUGAAUCGGUGUCUUUCCCAGGCAGAAGGGAAGUGACGCACCUACUGCAUUUUGAAAUGAAAGCAGAAGUUACUCUGCGGCCGAGCUAUAGCUUAACGUUUUCAGCAAGACGUGGAUCCUUUAUUUGCUCUCCACUCAACGAUGCUCUGACUGCAAGUCCUGUUCACAGUGAAGGGGAACUGAGACCAGGGUGCAGAAACUAAGCCCCCAACUUGCCUUGGGUCGAGCCGCUGUUUCAGGAGAAAUAUGUGGUCAAUACUAGGAACACAGGUGUCCAUCCAUGUGUCUACCUUCUGAAUGCCUGAGUUUUCAGACAGUAUCCAGGAAUCUACUUGACCUUUAUCUGUUGUUAAAGUUUCUUUGUAAAAAACGGUGAAACAAACGCCAGUGCUGAGACUUGGGUCCCCAGGAAGCCAACUCUGAGCUGGAGACGAGCGUGCAUUCGUGCGGGGUGCUCCCAGCACCGCACCCGGGGAAGGAAAUAGGACUGGGCGGAAAUUGGGCCCUGAGGCCAGGGUGCCCUCGGAGCUGUCCCGUCUCACAGGGAGGCUUGGUCAGCCUGUCGCUGGAUGUGGGCCACGCAGGGAACGGUGUGUCACCUUGGACGAGGCUGCUUCCCACCGGCCGCCGGGGAACAGAGGUCUUCACUCCCGCAGGGGCUAGAAGCGCGCGCCACGCCACGAGCCUGAAGGUGGGUUCACCUGGCCCCGUCCUGAAGUGUUCUCUGUGCUGCACGCAGGGGCCGCCGUGCCGCGGGGCUGGUCCCCCGCUGCCAGGCGAGCUCUGGCACGGGCGGCAGGGAGAGAAGGGCAGCGAAGGAAGCCGCGCUCCCCUCCCCCUCCCCCGCGUCUUCUCCAUCCUUCCGGUGUCUCCCGUGGCGACUCGGUGACCCUCGGCUGCCGCCCGCCCAGGGCAGGGCAGGACUGGCUUUCCUGCUGGACUAGGGCACACCCGGCCUUGUGCCUGGAUCCUCACACCCGCCCAAGUUCCAGCCACACAAAUUCUUCGCCUUUCCUGGACCGAAGUCCCAUCUGCUGUCCUUUUGUGAAAACCUGAAAACAUGGCCCAGGAUUAGAUUCCACUUGAAUCGCCUUCUACCAAGGGUUCUGGACUCUCACAUCUCCUCAUAUCUUACACCACCGAACGGAGGCUGUUAGGUGUUAACCUUACCUUGGGUACCACCGAAACGGAGAAAUGGAGUCUCCACCUUCAGUGGGACCGUCAAGCUCCUCACCUCUCGAGCAGGAGACGCCCUCACAUUCCGCCUGACCGGAAGCCGUCUUCCCGUCCCGCCCACACGCUCACCUGCGCAUGCGCACACCUGGUUUUCUCCCCACCGAAUCAGAGGCCGCGACGUCCCUGUGUGCCUCACGGGAGCCCUUGUCUGCGGGCCCCGCUCUCUCCCUGGGCCACCGCCUCGUCAACUGCACGCGAAUAGACUCACGUCUCCGAAGUAAAGCAAAACCUGUGCACACGCCUUGUUUCUCUCCGGAUACCAGGCCAGCUUGCCUUUCGGUUGCCAGCUGCUGGAAAGCGUCGUGUUCCCUGCCUACCGAGUCCCUGGCCUCGGCGACCCCGGGCUGGGGGCCACGAGGGCCCGCGCCCUGCUGCUGCUGAGACUGAGGCUGAGGCUGAGGCUGGAACCGCCUGUCCACGGUCCGCGGGGCGGGCAAGGCUGUCCUGCCAUCCUGAGCGCUCAGUGCCACUGGCGUUUGACCAAGUGGCAAACGGAACAUCGGGCGGUGGACUGUCAUACAGAAACGAAGGUGGGUGUGGGGACUUCUGCAAACUGGAAGGAACCCCGAAGACUGCAGGGGUCCAGGCUCAGCCCCCUCUCCCUGUCCUGCCACAGCCAAGGCCCAGAAGGAGGGGGAGGGGAGAAGGCACUGCUGGGCAUCAGGCUGAGGAAUCCACCUGCAUCAGUGCUCCCCUUAAGGAAAGGCAGUCACUCGCAGCUCCACACUCCAAACUCGCCAGUAGUAACUCCCAGAAACGGACUGCAGGAGACAUAGAUCUGGGUAGACAGCGUGGCUGCAGGCCUCAGGGUUGGCAUCCCUGCCGCCUUUGAACGGAGCGUGUUGGCAGUUCAGGGCCCGGCUCAGCCUGCAUCCUGCAUCCCGCAUCCCACAUCCUGCAUCCCGCAUCCUGCAUCAUGCCCGCGCUGUCCGCAGGCUCGGGGAGCGACACAGGUCUGUAUGAGCUGCUGGCGGCUCUGCCAGCCCAGCUGCGGCCACAUGUGGACAGCCAGGAAGACCUGACCUUCCUCUGGGAUGUGUUUGGUGAAAAAAGCCUGCAUUCGCUAGUCAAGAUUCACGAGAAGCUUCACUACUACGAGAAGCAGAAUCCCACGCCCAUCCUCCAGGGUGCGGCAGCCUUAGCUGGUGACCUGGCGGAGGAGCUUCAGAGCAAGCCAUUAAACAGCGAGAUCAGAGAGCUGUUGAAGCUACUGUCAAAACCCAAUGUGAAGGCUUUGCUCUCUGUGCACGAUACCGUGGCUCUGAAGAACUAUGAUCCCGUGUUGCCUCCUAUGCCUGAUGACAUUGAUGAGGAGGAAGACUCAGUGAAAAUCAUCCGUCUGGUCAAGAACCGAGAACCGCUGGGAGCUACCAUUAAGAAAGAUGAGCCCACCGGGGCCGUGGUUGUGGCCAGAAUCAUGAGAGGAGGAGCUGCAGACAGAAGUGGUCUUAUUCACGUUGGCGAUGAACUUAGGGAAGUGAAUGGGAUACCUGUCGAGGAUAAAAGCCCUGAGGAAAUCAUUCAGAUCUUGGCUCAGUCUCAGGGUGCAAUCACAUUCAAGAUUAUACCCAGCAUCAAGGAGGACACACCAUCAAAGGAGGGCAAGAUGUUUAUCAAAGCCCUCUUUGACUAUGACCCUAAUGAGGAUAAAGCAAUUCCAUGUAAGGAAGCUGGGCUUUCUUUCAAAAAGGGAGAUAUUCUUCAGAUUAUGAGCCAGGAUGAUGCAACAUGGUGGCAGGCGAAGCACGAAGGAGAUGCCAAUCCCAGAGCAGGCUUGAUUCCCUCAAAGCAUUUCCAGGAAAGGAGAUUGGCUCUGAGACGACCAGAAAUACUAGUCCAGCCCCUGCAAGUUUCCAACAGGAAAUCAUCUGGUUUUAGAAGAAGUUUCCGUCUUAGUAGAAAAGAUAAGAAAACAAAUAAAUCCAUGUAUGAGUGCAAGAAGAGUGACCAGUACGACACAGCCGAUGUGCCCACUUAUGAGGAGGUGACACCCUAUCGACGGCAGAUGAAUGAGAACUACAGACUCGUUGUCUUGGUUGGUCCUGUAGGGGUAGGUUUGAAUGAACUGAAACGAAAGCUGCUGAUCAGUGACACACAGCACUACGGCGUGACGGUGCCCCACACCACCAGACCAAGAAGAAGCCAGGAGAGUGAUGGUGUUGAAUAUGUCUUCAUUUCCAAGCACUUGUUUGAGACCGAUGUACAAAAUAACAAGUUUAUUGAAUAUGGUGAAUAUAAAAACAACUAUUACGGCACAAGUAUAGACUCAGUUCGGUCUGUCCUAGCUAAAAACAAAGUUUGUUUGUUGGACGUUCAGCCUCAUACAGUGAAGCACUUAAGGACACUAGAAUUUAAGCCCUAUGUGAUAUUUAUAAAGCCUCCGUCAAUAGAGCGUUUGAGGGAGACAAGAAAAAAUGCAAAGAUUAUUUCAAGCAGAGAUGAGCAAGGUGCUGCAAAGCCCUUUACGGAGGAAGACUUUAAAGAAAUGAUUAAAUCUGCCCAGAUAAUGGAAAGUCAAUAUGGUCAUCUUUUUGACAAAACUAUAGUAAAUGAUGAUCUCACCAUGGCCUUCAGUGAGCUUAAAACAACUUUUGACAGACUGGAGACAGAUACCCACUGGGUUCCAGUGAGCUGGUUGCAUUCGUAACUAAGGGAAAUGUCCAUAAUUAUCUUUUCUGUAGAGUGCAUGAUUAAAUCAGUUACCAUUUUGGUGGUAGGGUUUUUUAAUCUAUAUCACUGUUAAGAUGUGCAAUCUUGGUUAAAAUUGAUGUGUUGGUUUUGUUUGUAUCUUUUUACAGCCUUAUUUCAGGCACAGUGUUUGAGUUUAAGGUCCAAAGUCAAAAUCUGCACAGUACCGUAUUCUGGUUGUCUUGACUGUGCAGCUCUAUCUCCAAAAUGGGGUUGAACUUUUUAGAGAGACACAGCUGGAGAAUGUACACGGGAGUUCAGUGCUUCAGCUGGUCUCCGACGUCAUCACUGCCUUGGAGUUUGCAUGUCAGCCGCUGAAUACGUUCAGUUCACAGUCUUCAGGAGCCAGACAUCAUCAUAGAGGCGCCUGGGCUGGCAGUAAGGCCGAGUCCUCUUACUGUUCUGCAAGUGCAAACUUUUUCUUCCAUAGACACAACAUAUUCACAGUUACAGUUUGAGAAGGCCUUAUGAGUGCAUAUAUCAGUGACUCAACAAAUGUUUAAUAAGGGAAGAUGGGCUUUUAAAAAUUACUAUUUAUGAAACUAAAAACCUUUCUUUAUGGCUUAAGAAUGGUGAUAUCCUGGGGCAAGUAAGAUUACAAAGGACAUUUUUAUUUGUAAAUCCUCAGACAACAUUUCUGGACUCACCAGAAAUUCUGGAGCCAGUUAUCUGGCUUUGGGUUUUCCCAAUAAAUUAUAAGAAUGAUUCCUAUUCUAAAAGUAGGUUUUACUUGUUACUGCUACAGUUAAAGAAAAUGUGAUCAUUUUUCAAAUGUGUGCAAUUGAUCACAAUAUAUUUAAAUUGCACUAUAAGAUAUGUUUUAGAAAACUUUUCAUGUAAUGUUAUUUCUUCGUCAUCAAAAUAGUUAACACUGGGCAGAUACCAUCCUAGUCUUGCCAUUUUUAAAGAAGUUUAAGAAAGACUCUUUUGUUGUAAAUAUUUAGAUGGGAUCUCUCAUUUUUCUUGGAUGCUACUCAUCUUCAGUGAGUAAAUUAUAUAGCUCAAAAUACCAGAAAUGUCCAUAGUUGUGUAAGAGAACAUGUCCUCCCAUUCUUGCAUGCCGUAAGACCCUGUCAAUCAGAAAUCAUUGCAUCUGUGACUUUCAAGCAGAAAAAACGAUAUUUUUUGUUGAUUUGUAAAGAGAGUUUAGAUGUCCCGUUUAAGGAAAAAGAGUGUAGUGAAAUUUUAUAUAUUUAUGAAAUAUUUGAAAGGCAUAUUUUUUUAAUUAUCAAAUGAGGCUAUUCAUUAAAUAAAUAGUAUGUAAAGACAUCAUAAUUUAAGAUAGUAGUUUUAUAAGUCAGGGUCAACAUUCCAUGUAAAUAUUUGACCUUUAUUCAUAUGCAGAUCCACAAGUGUGUUCUGUGUGCACAUUUGAUAGCAUCACUCACUGAGUUUCCUUCAGACGUGUCAAAUUUCAUCCCUUGAUACACACUCACAGCUAAAUAGUUAGAUAACCAGACAUUGUUACUUGACAGCAUAAUCCAAACAGCAAGGCCUAAGUUAAUUAACUAAAUAGCAAGCAAUUUAGUUUAAAAAGGGGUUGGUGGGUUGCCAGAUCUAAUAUUGAAGCCAUACUUUAUAGUUGUGUGGCUGGUCUAAGAAAGUACAAAUCUUCCUUAGGUGGUUUGGGUAGAAUAUUCUCUUUGAACAUUGACUGAAAUUUCCGAAAAGUCAGGACUUCCUAGGAAAUGAAUUAUAAUUUAGGCAGUCCAAAUUCUUUGUUCAGAAAUAGUACCUGGUUUGCUUUUUUUCAUUUACAGACAAUUGCCUCAAUUCUUUCCUGCGGAGGUGGAGAUAGUGUAACGUGGUAGAAACGGAGUCCUUUUUGGUGGUGGUGGUGGAGGUGUUAUAGAACUAUAUUUGUCCAGCCUUUCUCCCUUUUUACACGAGACCUGGGCAGUAUUUUUUUAAAUAAUGAAAAGAGGUACUUCAGCAAUUUGAAAAAUCUUUUAUCAGGUAAUAUACAUACGUGGUCUUGCAAGUGACGUUUACAUGGCCACCUUGAUGCUUAGAAAGAGAUUCAGUUAAAAUUUAAUGCGGCAGGGCCAACUCCAUGGCCUCUGAUUAAUGUUGCAAAGGGCCCUUGAUUCUGUGCUUUAUGCAUCCUCAGCUCCCUCUCUAGCAAGGACAGACUAGUUCUUUAGGCAGCUUGCUUCUGAGACAGUGUCAGCCACUAUUUGAGAGAACAGGAAUAUUGGGUUUUUUAAGUCCAUGUAUUUAAAAUCCAAGAUCAAGAAGAUAAUUCUAUACUCCCAUUAUUAACAUACUGGAAUCUUUUUUUUUACCAUUAUUUUACUUACCAAUAUAGACAUUAUCGAUAUCUUUAAGGCUGACCUUCCUGGCAUUGUGUAAUGAUUGAAUGUAUCUAAAUUGUAAUAAUUUAAAAUUGACAAACAUGUAAAACGAAAUUAUGUUAAAAGUUUCCUGAAAAUACAGAGUUUUAUUAUUUAUUUUCUUUUUGACUAGUAAGAGUUUAUAAAUAAAAGUCAUGGAAAACCUUUGAGCUUAAUAAAGUAUCUUCAAAUUA